GAAGAAGAACAGCGGCGGAAGUGUAUGUGUUGUGCAUGUUGUUGUAAGAUGGUAACGCUAUCAGGUAGUCGUUGGACGUUUUUGUUCAAGUGUGUGAGACUCGUGUGUGCUCAGGAUGCCGUCUCGCCGUGUUUUUCUCGCGGUGUUGGAUCUAACAGAGGGACACAGUCAGCAGCUGGGAGCGUCAGGCUGAUCCAGAGCAGAGCACGCAGCAGCGCGCGGCACCGCACCACAGGGAGGCUUGGGCAGAAUGGAGGGGACAAGAAAGCAGUGAUCUGCGUUGAGGGGAACAUCGCCAGCGGGAAGACGACAUGUUUGGAGUAUUUUGCCAAAACUAGCAAUAUAGAGGUCCUCACAGAACCAGUCUCUAAAUGGAGAAAUGUCCGUGGACACAACCCUCUGGCUCUGAUGUACCAGGAUCCUGAGCGCUGGGGCAUCACGCUGCAGACCUACGUUCAGCUCACCAUGCUGGAUAGACACCUGUCAGCCACAUCAGCUCCUGUCGCCAUGAUGGAGAGGUCCAUCUUCAGCUCCAAGUACAUCUUUGUGGAGAAUCUCUUUAGAAGUGGGAAAAUGCCGGAGGUGGACUACACUGUUCUCAGCGAGUGGUUUGAUUGGAUCACAACUAACAUUUCGCUUCCUGUUGAUCUCAUAGUCUACCUGCAGACGUCUCCUCAGACCUGCCACGAGAGGUUAAAGCAGAGGUGCAGAGAGGAGGAAAAAGUCAUUCCCUUGGAGUACCUGGAGUCCAUCCACCAGCUGCAUGAGGACUGGCUCAUCAAGCAGAACUCGUUCCAACUUCCUGCUCCUGUUCUGGUGAUUCCUGCUGACCAUGACCUCCAGAAGAUGCUGCACCAGUACGAAGAAAACCGUGACAAGAUCCUGGCAGCCAGCAACCUCUGAUACCCAAACAUACACCAACACUUGAACUCGAGAUUCAGAUUUUAAGUUUUGAAAAUGUAACAACUUAUUUCUCUCUUAGAGGCAAAUUUGCAUUCAGCUACAUUUCAGCCAUUAUUUGUUCACAAGGGCUAAUGCUCAUAUUUAGUAGCUUUUAAUGACAAAGCUUCAUUAGCAAAAAACAAAUUCAAUUAAAAGUAUCCUCACCUACAGGCUGCAAACGCUUCAGAGACAAACCUCCAGAUCAAGUCAAAUUCUCCACUGACCCCUCAGCUUUUCAUUAAUAUACCCUAAUUUUUAGAGACUGUGAGACUGAACUGAUUCAUUCUACAUUGUGUCCACUUUCCUAUUGUUUUCUAUUGUUAUUUAUUAGUUCUAUUUUAAUUUCAACAUGUAAAGCACUUGAAGUUUAUCCUCAGAACUUAAAUUAUGCUGUUACAGAUACUUACAGUGAUGUGUUUGGAUUUUUAACCUCAGUGAGUCGGAUCGCAGGAUGUGGUCAGUGCAGAUUACAGUUGUUAACCAUGGGAACUUCAGUACCAACCAUCAUUCCACCUGUUACACAUACAGAGUAUAUGUGUAUAAACUGACUGGAUAAAGACCAUGCAUGGAUAAAAUAUGUCUCUGACUGAAGUCUUUGACUGAAGGAACCUUUGUUUUAUGUUCUUUUGUUUUUAUAUUUUGCCAUAUUAAAGUCUAUUCUAUGAUACUAA